AUGGCGCAUAGGGUUAGAACCGGAAUCACGUUGCUAAUGUUGUCUCUCCUUAUUCGAGCUGAAAUCGUGCGGCGAUCCUUCGACGAAACGGUCCAGGAGUGUGCCCAGCUGCUGUCCAUCGAUUCGUCAAAGAUGGUCUCGUUGCGUUACGGCACGAUGCCGAAUGACGACGACACCAAACGUUUGCUGCGGUGUGUGGGAGUUAACGCACGUUUCUGGAGUGAUCACACCGGACUCCGAAAGGACAUGCUGGCGCGGUAUUUCUUAGCGGAUGCAUUCGAUCGACAGAAUGUUAAUCGAACGCAGAUUUGCCUUGACCGGUUGCCAUCGCUUCCGGUGGAUCCUGCGGGUUGCCGUGAGCUGGCAUACAAGUCGUUCCUGUGCUUCUACCUCAACUAUGGUAAUCUGCGACGAGAGCGUGUGUUCGUGCCGUUAGAUCACCUGCAGUUGCUGCACGUGGCCGCUCGGUGUAUGGACGUGCACCAGAUUGCACCAGCGGACCUGAUGAGCCUCAGCACGACCGAAAUGGAUGGGAACGCCAAAGUGCACUGUUUGGUGCGAUGCAUCGGCAUCCGGACGGGAGUCUACACCGAUAGGCAGGGUGUCAAUGUGGAGCUGAUGUAUGGCCAGUAUGGUGAGGGCUACAAUGAGAGUGAUUUUAAAGCCGACGCCUUCGAAUGUCUCCGGAGGCAGCGAGCCAACCACAGCCACAGUAGUAGUCCUUGCGGUAAGGCGUACCAUUCGUUGUACAAAUGCUUCGAGAACGUGCGUAACGUGAUCACGGAGUAUGAGAUGCGCGAUUCGAGCGAGGAUUAG